UCUCAAAUCUUGCCACCAAAACUCCCAUCUUUUGUGCCAUGGCCUCCAUUGCUAACCCCUUUUCUUUUCACUUCCUCUUGCUCAUCCUCAUUUCUCUAUCCCUCCAACCACAUGCUAGGGAGAGCAAGUUCUUCACUAAGUUCACUCGUAAUUUUUCUAAUGCACAAACAACUGAUUUGUCACCGGCACCAGCACCGGUGUUGGCUCCGGUAAUUGAGCCAGUCCUGGCACCUGGACUGGCUCCAGCACCGGCACCAGCUGAGGAAGAGAAUGGUUAUGGUCUUUAUGGUCAUGGAUCGAGUGAAUCUUCUUCGGAGGAAUUCUACUCAACCAAUGAAACCCCAGAGAAAAAGGGGACUUUUGGCGUAGAUGAAUUCAAGUCGGAAACGGAGACUCCGUUCGAGAAGUUGCUAAGUGGCGAGAGUUACUCUAAUGGUAAUAAUGGUUAUUCGAGUAACAAUGGGAAUGCCUACUCUAGCUCGGUGAAUGAGAACAAUGGCUACAACAACAACGAAAAUGGUUACGAUGGCUACAACAAAAAUGAGAAUGGCUACACGGUGUCUGAAAACAAGAUUAAUGGCUACAACCAAAAUACGUAUAGCAACAAUGGUAAUGGAUACUCAAACUCGAUUAAUGAGAACAACGGCUACAAGACAGAUAGCUAUAGCCAGAACAACUACAAUAACGACAAUGACAAUGGUAUGAGCUUUGAAAACGAGAAAAAUGGCUACAAUGUCAACGGAUACACCAACAUGGAAGAAGAAAACAAUGGUUAUAACAACAACAAUAAUAAUGGAUAUGUGAUGGGGCAACAAGGAUUGAGUGACACAAGGUUUUUAGAGAAUGGUAAGUACUCAUAUGAUGCAAACAACAAUGGAAAUGACCAUGAAACAAGUUAUGAGGAAGAAGUGAGCGACAAUGGUGAAGGCUAUUAUAGAAAUAAUGAAGAUUCAAAAUAUGAUAGACAAAGCGGGUAUGUAAAGUGGCACCCAUAAGAAUGAUGAAACAUAAUUUGUCCACAUAAGUUAUGAAAAACCAUAAUUACAAAGCAUAUUUGAAUGUUGGGAGAUACGAAGAAUAUUAGAACUCAUAGUUUUUGGUUAUGUGUUUGUGACUCUUCACCAUUUUUGCUUUUGUUUUGUAUUUGGUGUCUUGAAAUUCAAUAGGGUUUGGUAAGUAUGUAUUUUUGAAGAUGAUUAUGUAAAAGGGGCUUUUAUGUGA